UCCCCCUCGAAUACAAAAUUGACGUGUUCGAGGAUUUUACGAAAUUUCUAAAUUUAAUACCUUAAAAAAGCCCCUGUAUACUUCUCGUUGGGCCACUCUGUAUACCUAUCUUAACAUUUCGAACAGAGCCAGUAGAGCCAAUAUAAGCAACAACAUUCCCCCAAAACAUGUUUUGUAAAAGUGUUUGUACUUUCUAGGUUCUCUGGUCGCUGCCGAUUAUUUGUUGCCGCCCAUUGAUUUUUACAGGCCGAAGGUGUGGUUUAAAUAUUUAAUUAAAGCAAACAACAACAGACGUAUCGCAUGAAAAAUGUGUAGAUAACAUCGGAAUUUCGUAUGCGGUGGCAUUAUGAUAGUACAACUCGCUUUAAACGGCACCUUCUUAUGGGUUAUGCUGACAGUUUAGUGCAACAAACGGCCCCCGUUUGUAUGAAAUGAGCAGUUGGGCAGCGAGGAUGCAUCGGCGCGCUGCCACCUUCAGUAACGUGGUUACCUCGUGCGGACAUCCCUCCGGCCCCUAUCCUCGUAGAUUAGAGAAGGUUAAAUUCGGCGUACCUCUUGAGGAAGUUUGUAAGAAUGACAUUCCGGGACCACUGCUUGUGUUAAUUUUAAAGCUAAAUAAAGAAGCGCCAUAUCGUAAGGAUGUGUUCCGUGCACCCGGCCAUCAGGGUGCCAUGAAGAAACUGACACAUUUUUUACAAACUGGCCGUUUGUUAAAUAUGGAUAAUUUCAGUGUUUACACAAUUGCUAGUGUUCUAAAGAAAUUUCUUCGUAAAAUUCCCGGCGGUAUCUUUGGUAAAGAGACAGAGUUAGAGUUUUUCCAAAUUAUCGAUAUGACUGAUGUACAAGUACAAAGGGACGAGAUUCACAGGUUGAUAGCAUCGCUACCUGUUUUCACACAGAGGCUUUUGGUGUUGUUAUUUGGCACCUUUCGCGUUAUCGCAUCUAACAGCGAGAAGGCAAGUACGGGUAUGACAAGUGAAGCGUUAGGCGUCAGUGUCGCGCCGAGUUUCUUUCAUUCGUGCGUAAGCGACGGUAAAACUGCCAAAAUGGAGGACGUGAUACGCUUCAAGGCCGAAGUUAACGUGGCGACUAGAGUCAUGAAACAUUUAAUAGAAGAAUUUGCGUCGGCCGACCUGUUCGGGCGCGAGAAUUAUGAAUUUUACGCUCGCGUAACAGGCCGCGUCUUGCGUGUACAGGGUGAGUGGAUAUGUUCAUUUCAAUAUCCCCCACCGCCACCUAAGGGUCAUUCUGCACAGCAACUGUAUGCUAGUGAGUAUGCAGCUUUGGAACGUUAUUUGCUGGGACAACUGUCGUUAGAGGCAGAAAAGACUUGGUUGCAGUGCGAAUGCGAACGUUGGCACCUCAAAUAUGGAUUGGAAGCCGUUGAAAAAGGACAGUCGACUCCGGCUUUAGCGGAAGCGGGACUUCAACCACAAACUGCAAGCACAUCACUGGGUAUUAUAACUGAGCACACCCUUCUCGAAUCGUGCACGCGUCUGUCAAUCUCCUUGGAACAAAAUGGAAUUUACAAGGUGGGGAACAAUUCAAACACUUCCAGUGAAAGCCAUUCAUCACCGUCUGCAUUAAAAAUGACUUUAGACGAACUGAGAGCAGUGAAUCGGUACGCCGAGAGCACCCGUAGUUUAAGCUACCUACCUCAGGUACACGAGCGUCAGCGAGCUCGUAUGUUGACGCGUUCACAAUGGUUUCUAACACCAUCAGUUGAAUGUACAAGUUGUGGAGGAUCGUUAGAUCUCGCUUUAGCAGAUGCUAACGUUUCUGCACUUACGAAUGCUCUGCUUCGAAAAUCAUCAUCUGGUACAAUAGUAGGAGCAGUUGGGUUAUCCCUUAGCGCUGAAUCAAUUCAACGUAAACCUAGCAUUCGCCGCACAAACUCCCGAGAUAAACGCCACUAUCUGCACCGAUCCAACAGUAGAAGGAACAAAGAAAACGGCUCCAGAUCUAACAGUUUCAAAACACGAAAUUCCAGUUCAAGACCAGGAAGUUUUAAAAUAAAAUCACGAUCGAGCAGCUUUAAGGGUAAAAGUGAACUCUGUUCGUGUCCAAGUCCGGGUUCGGUCGAAGAGAAACUCGAAGACAUUGUUAAGCUAUCUUCGGGACAUACCGAAACUAUCUGCGUCAAAUUGACAUACAAACCACGAAUUUAGAAGUUACUUUCUAUUUUUAUUAAUAAGAAACAGACCAAACAAAGUUAAUUAAAGAAGACUGCAUUCCAAAAAUUUUACGCAUUUAUUGUUAUAUAGCUUUAAAGUUUAGCUUUUUUUUAUAUAUAUUUUGGUAUUUGUAAAAAAUGUACGAAAUGACAUAUAUAACAUUGCCAGGUAUUUGAGACAUGCAUCACAUAGUCUUUUUGUUAUUUGACUCGAUUUAAUAUGGGUCCCAUGUUAAAUCAGUUAAAU